UUUACAUCCUCAUAACUUUGGCGGCAAAAAUUGUAAACAAACCGAAAUUCUACAAAAGCUGGAAUUGACUGAAAUUUGCCUGUAAUAGAUACAUGAUCGCAAAUCAGAUUUGGGAGUUAUAAUAGGAAAAGAAAGUCUGUCAGAUGGAUGGUGAAUGUGAUUUAGAUGCUUUAACAGCACUUUUAGAGGAUUCCGACUUAGAAGAAGAAACAGUUGACGAUAAAAAUGGCAACUCUCAAGAUAAUAUUGAUGAUGGUUGUGAUAUAGAUGAGAUUACUGCAUUCCUGGAACAGUCAGAUAGUGAAGAGGAAACUGAAGUAAAGGCAGACAUAGGAACUGAAGUUACACAACAAUCCAAUAAUGAAAUGACUUCAUUCCUUGAACAAUCUGACAGUGAGCAGGAAUCUGAUGUUCAAUCAGAAAAACAUGUUGGAACUGAAGAUAUACAAUCUGAUAAUAAUGAAAAAAAUGAUCCACAGUCAAAGGAUAAUGUUGCUGCAAAACAGUGUAAUGAAUCCACACAGAAAAUAAAAGAUAAUUCAGAAAUCAGAAAGGGUACUGAGGAUCAAGGUCAUCAGAGUGAUGAUGGAGAUCAAGAUUGUGGGAAUGAUGAUGGUCAAGAUUGUGAGACUGAUGAUGGAGAUCAAGAUGUACUUGAGAAAUCUGUUGAAGUUGACAACAUUCAAGCCGAAUUACUUGAAAUGCAGAGAAAGAUGCAGGAAUUGCAGAACAGACUGGCGAAAACAAAAUCAACAACUCCUCAAGUGUUGCAUAAAAACAGAACUUCAAAACACAAGUCACCUAGUGCUAAACAAGAUACAAGACUGUCUGCAUGUGGCAAAGAAACAAUUAGUUCUAAACACAAAUCACCUAGUGCUAAACAAGAUACAAGACUGUCUGCAUGUGGCAAAGAAACAAUUAGCUCUAAACACAAGUCACCUAGUGCUAAACAAGAUACAAGACUGUCUGAAUGUGGCAAAGAAACCAUUAGUUCUAAACACAAGUCACCUAAUGCUAAACAAGUUGCAAAAAAGCUGGAUGAUUCAGAAAAUAAAACCUUUCAUGGUCUGAAGGAUGUAGGAAGUAAUGGAAGAAAGAUUAAGACUGGGAAAGAUAAUAGUAUGGAUCUAAAAUCUCUUAGAGAUAGGGAAAAUUUGAUUAGGAGUCAUAACCUAAAACCAGAAAGAAAAAGGUCUAGUGGUGAAAUUCUAAAUAGUGCAGAUAAAAUAAAACUGAAGAAAAAACUAAAAAGUGCUGCUUCAGAUUUAAAACAUUCAAAAUCAGCAUUUACAUCAAAUGAACCUGAACUUAAGGGUAGCAGAUCAAAUGAACCUGAAUCAAAGGGUGCUAACUCAAAAAAAACUGAAUCAGAUAAACGGAUUGAGGAAUCUAUAGUGCCCAGUAGAAAAUUAACCAGUCCAACUCUGAGCUCUCAAAAAUCAUCAGCAAAACCUAGGCUGACUUUGUCCGAAGAUAAUGAAAACCCUUUUUUCCCGCCAUAUGAAUCUAAAUCGGAGGUAUGUUUGGAGGAUAGAACACAUGAAUCUAAAUCUGAGGAAUGUUUGAUGGACAGGAAAUCAUUAGAGAAAAGUUUGUUUGGUGACGAUGACAGUGAUUGGGAGCCUAUGGAAGAAGAUGAUAAGGUUAAACUUACUGAUGAAGGUCAAGAACUGAGAAAAAUGAUAAAGGAUCAUGGGAAGGUUAGACAGUCCAAUGUCACAUCAGAGCAGGUAGAAGAAAUGAGAAAGAAAGCACAAAAAACUACUUGGAAACCAAAAGGACUUCCUACAACUUCAUCAAUAUCACCUAGUCAGAAAUCAACAAAAGAAAAUGAAGAUCCCUCGUUAAUAGAUCCUUUUUCUGGUAUCAGGAUCAUAAAUCCAAAAAUUUCUAGUUUAGAAAUGAAAAGCAGAAUGAGAGAUAGAAAGUUAGUAAAGAUUUCAAAGAUUGAUAGGAGGGUUUCUGAGCAUGACAAUUGGGUAACAAUAGGAGUGAUUGUUAGUAAAACUGACCCACGACAGUCAGCCACAGGUAAAACUUAUUGUAUCUGGAAACUGAGUGACCUUCAGGAUUGUGAUAAAACCAUUUCGUUUUUCCUAUUUGGUGAAGUUUACAAACAGCAUUGGAAGAAUGAAGUUACAGCUGUUGUAGGAAUACUCAACCCUAAUCUUAUGGACAAGGCCGAAAAGGCUCAGAAUGACAUGGCCUUCACUGUAAAUCAUCAAGCACAGAUAAUGUUAAUGGGUUACUCCAAAGACUUCGGUAGAUGUGCUGCUAUGAGUGGUAAAGGCAAAAACACAGGAAAACACUGUACUAACUUUAUAAAUAAACAACAAGGAGAAUUUUGUACAUUUCAUGUUCAGCGAGCAUAUAGCCAUACUUGUUCACAGAGAACAGAGUUACAGGGAAGUUACUCUGGGAUGACACCAAGUAACCACAAAUAUAAACCUCAAGAUAAGAAAGAUGGAUUUUUCUUCUAUCAAGGACAGACAUUUACAACUGGAAAAAUGCAAGGAAACAAGAACAAUAAACACAAGAUAACAGUGGAUAAAUUAAAGCACCAGCAGGCCAUGAAGGGACAGGGUAAAGUGACAACAAUGUCACUACAUGCCAUAGAUCCUGAAGAUGUAAAGAAGUUACAAAAACUAGACAAUGUCAAGGAAGAACAGAAUCCAUUAUUGGAUAUGCUAAGUGUUCCUUCACCAGGCUCUAUGAACUUUGUAAAACAUCUCAUGACCAAGGAUAAAAAACCACAAGUGAAUCCAGAAUUUGGCAAGCCAAUAAUCCAGUCAGUAACAGCAACAGACUUGUUAAAACAACAUAAACAAAUGAUGAAACAGAAAAGACAAGGGGGAAUAACUUCUGACCCACUGAAGUGUACUCCAACAUUGGGAAGAGGAUUUACCCCUGGAAAAGAUGUAUGCUUAGAAUUCUCUUCACCAAAGUCAGAUUUAGCAAGGAGGAAAGCUAUAGCUAAAGUUCAGGCCAAAGGUGGUAUUGUAAAAGAAAAUCCAAAUGCAGUCAAGAAGAAAAAGUCUCCUGAUGCUCAUCAGAAAAUCAAGAAAAGAAUACAUGAAAGUCAUGACUUGGAGAAUACUGAGCCAACAGAGGAACGUCCUCGGAAGAGAUCCAAGCUGCUGGGAAAUAUUGAUGAGAAUUCUGCUGAGUUUAAAGAACUAAUGAAAGCUAGAUCCAAACACACUGGUGCUCUUGCUGAAGUGGAGGCAGAAAUGGAGGAUAGGUAUUUUAUGGUACAAGAAAAGAAAGAAAGAUUAGAGGAUAAGAUGGCCUCCACCAUGGAGAUUAAAACCGUUGUUUUUACCUGUAAACAGUGUAAAUACACUGCACACAGUGCUAAAGAUGAAUGUAAAAAACAGAACCAUGACAUUGUUAAAAUACAGACAAUGAAACGGUUCUUCAAGUGUAAGAAAUGUAACCAUAGGACAUCCAGCAUAGACAAAAUACCAACACAGCCAUGCAGGAAUUGUGGUGAUGAUAACUUUGAGAGAGUGUCAAUGCUACAAGAAAGAAAAGGUCCCAAGCUUCCUCAUGAGGAGUUAUGUAUACGUGGAGAUGAGAUCAAAUUUCUUGGAUCUAUGGAUGAAAAAGUUUAUCUGUAACAUUGAAUGAAGAUCUCAUGAAACUUCAAAAGAUACUGUUUGAAAUUUUUAUAGCAAACUUUACAACUAAAACAGUCUCUUGAAAACUAUUUAGAAUUUUUACAACAAACUUUGCAUUUAUAUUUUCCUAUACUUGUACAUUUAUUAAAUCUUAUGUUUUAAAGAG